AAUGACGCCAUGCACUCCUGCACUCAGCAGCAUGGCAGGCGUGAUGUAAAAUUUUUAAUCCUAAUAUAUUUUUUGUAUUUUUAUUUCAGUCCAGCAAAUCAAGAAGAGAUGGAAUACCUGUCGGGACCAAUUUCGGAGAGAAUUGAAUACUAAAAGCAGGAGUGGUGAUGGAAGCAUGAAAAAAAAACCCUAUUUGUAUACCCGACACCUUCAAUUUCUUCUUCCAAUAAUGGAUUUAAGAAGAACUGUGGACAAUCUCUCGGACACUUCCAAUCCACAAGCAUUGUCCGGCAAUUUGGCUGACAGACCAGGAAUGUCCACAGAUGAUAUCCAAGCGGAAAGUGAACAUCCUGAGGCCAUGGGGGAAUCUUCCGUGGCUUCAUUAUCUCUCCUUCACCAGCCUCUGCUGGAAAGAUUGCAAAAUCCAGAAGAGGUCACAGAAGUGGUAGAUGCUAUUCAAGAACCAGUCCAGGCCAAUCCAGAACCCAGCCAGCAACAAAGAGCAGCACCUGCUAGCCGUUCAUCUGGCAGACGAGGCCAAAGGGUCAUAACCGAUUCCGGUUUAGAUCUCCGUAGUCAGGUCGACAUGAUGGUUAUGGAGUAUUUAAACCGGAAUCGGUCUGACGGCAAGGAAGAAGUAGCUUUAAAAGGGCUCGCUCCUUCCUUGCGCCGUGUGCCAGAUGAACGGCAAACACGGUGCCUUUCUGCUCUGGUCAUGGUACUAGAUGAAUUUACGGACCCUGAAGAGCCACAUGAUGUUCUGCACUUUUUAGAAAAGAGAAGAGACCAAAGAUUAAAGGUCAUAACUCCUCAUUCCCGUCUUAACAGACUGGACACCCCAAUUAUGCACACCCCUGGCCUAUAUACUAGGGAAUUAUUUGACUUAUAA